AUGUCUGCUAUAAGUGAUCACCAAAAAAAGGCCGUGAUAGCUUUUAUAAAGAAUAAUGGAGAUCAGGUCGUUUUGAACCUUCAAAAUGAGCUCAAUAAACCCUUAAUGCAAGUGAAUUAUAAUAAGCUAUUUGAACGCCUUAAACCUCAGGAUAGUACUGAUAUUGAAAGCUUUACAAAAAGAGAGUUGUUAUUUGGGCUUUGGGAGUUCAUCGACAAUAGCAUAUUAAACUCUUCCCCAUUAUAUGAUGGCGCUGUUCCUCCAGGUGAAUUAAACUAUAUUGACAGUCUUACAGCACAUAAACUUGGGCAAAAAACAUUCCGAAACUUGUGGAAAUUUUGGUUUAUUAUCCCUGGAUCUUUGAAUGUGGUUGAUCUUAAUGAAGUUGGAAGAUCUGUGCUGAAAGGUACAGAAAAUUUGGUCACAUCAAGUUUGGGUCAAAUGAAGUUUAUCCCAUCUAAGGUCAAUUUUACUACAACAAUACUUCCUGGGAUUUCCAAAUUUGAAGCAAAAACAGAGAGAGCUAUAAUGCAAAAAGAUCAAGAAAUUUACAGAAUAAUGACCCAAGAACUUUUGUCAACAAUACCAAAGUGUCUUUCACGAGACUAUCAUGUUUUAGGGGUCUUGGAACGAAAAUUAGAAGCUCAGUUCAAUUCAAGAGUUCUUGAACCUCUCCUAGAUUUUGUCAGUGGACUUUUUAAUAAAAAAAUAAAGAUAAGAGAAAAAGGAUUGAAUUUCCAAAAGGAUUUGUCACAAGGCCACAGCAGCACUAAUCCAUUAAUCAAGAAACGGUUGGAGUCAUUGGAAAAAGAAUCAGUAGAACUUUUCCCAGAUAGUUCAAUAUUUGAUGAAAGUGAAGAGCAAAUAAAUGCACAGAAAGCUCUACUUCUCAUAGAACACAAAAAGCCUAAACUUGAAGAAGACAUCAAAAGCUCAGAAAACUUCAACACAGAUGUUAUAAACAAGUCCUUGAUUCAAACGUACUCUUAUUUAUUAUGCAAAGAAUGUCUUCAUCUGAAAAAAAUUAUUCUAAACGAUUUAGUUUCAACUGUGUUUAUUAAAUUCCCUGAUAAUUUUUGUGAAGAAGGAUCAGAAAAUGAUGAAAGUAAUGGGAGCUCACGAUUGAUAGCAGAAAUCCAGUAUUACCUCGUCAAUGAUACACAUAUUUAUGCUAAUGAUCCAACUAUAGAUGAAAAGUUCAACUCAAAAAUCCUUUUAGGAUCAAUAAUCUAUGACCAAAUGUUUGAAGAUGAACAAGAACCAAGAGAAGAACCCCCCAAAAGAAGGAAAGUGAAAACUUCUUCUCGCAUAUUGAAUUCCCUAAAGGCUGAUUUUUGGGGAGGUGAGCUUAUAACUGAGAGCCUGGAAUUUAACGAUGGUGUACCCCUGUCAAGAACAAGAAGUAAAAUAUCAUUAAUGUUUUCUAAAUGA